AUGUCCAUCCCAGAAACUCAAAAAGCUGUCAUCUUUGAGACCAACGGCGGUCCUUUGCUUUACAAGGACAUCCCAGUCCCCAAGCCAAAACCAACCGAGUUGUUGAUCAACGUCAAGUACUCCGGUGUGUGCCACACUGACUUGCAUGCUUGGAAAGGUGACUGGCCUUUGCCCACCAAGUUGCCAUUGGUAGGUGGCCACGAAGGUGCCGGUGUUGUUGUUGCUGUUGGCGAGAAUGUAAAGGGCUGGCAGGUUGGCGACCUUGCCGGUAUCAAGUGGUUGAACUCUUCGUGUAACUCUUGCGAGUUCUGCCAGACCACUAACGAACCCAACUGUGCUUCUGCUGACUUGUCUGGAUACACUCACGAUGGGUCUUUCCAGCAGUAUGCCACUGCUGAUGCUAUCCACGCUGCUCGUAUUCCAAAGGGCACCGACUUGGCCCAGGUUGCUCCUAUUUUGUGUGCUGGUAUCACUGUUUACAAGGCUUUGAAGACUGCCAACCUCAAGGCCGGCCAAUGGGUGGCUAUUUCCGGUGCCGCUGGCGGCUUGGGUUCUUUGGCUGUUCAGUACGCCAAGGCAAUGGGCUACAGAGUUGUUGGUAUCGACGGUGGUGAGGGCAAGGAGGAGUUCGCAAAGAGCUUGGGUGCUGAGGCAUUUGUGGAUUUCACCAAGGUCAAGGAUAUUCCUGCCGAAAUCAAGAAGAUCACCAACGGCGGUCCUCAUGGUGUCAUCAACGUGUCUGUCUCUGAGGCUGCUAUGCAGCAGUCUGUGGAGUACGUAAGAUCUACUGGUACUGUUGUGCUUGUUGGUUUGCCAGCUGGUGCUAAGGUUGCUGCCUCUGUGUUUGACUCUGUGGUCAAGUCUGUCAACAUCAGAGGCUCCUACGUCGGUAACAGAGCUGACUCUGCUGAGGCUAUUGACUUCUUCUCCAGAGGCUUGAUCAAGUGCCCAAUCAAGGUCGUGGGCUUGUCCGAGUUACCAAACGUCUACAAGUUGAUGGAAGAGGGCAAGAUUUUGGGAAGAUACGUUGUCGACACUUCCAAGUGA